AUGGGUUACAACUCGAGCAAAUCCUAUGCUCUGAUUGUAACCUCGUCAUUGGCCCUGCCCAUGCUGAAGGGCCAGCCACGCGGUUAUCCUGGUUUGUAUGGAUCGCACUUGGGCGGCGCCUAUGGAGCUUCCCCGUAUGGUGGUUAUGCCCAUUACGGAGCGCCGUACGGUGGUGGAUACUACGGAUCACACCCGUACGGUCUUUAUGGUUCAUACGGUGCGUACAAUGCACACGGUGGACACGGUGGACACGGUGGACACGGUGGAUAUGGUGGAUAUGGUGGAUAUGGUGGAUAUGGUGGAUACGGGGCAUACAACCCGUUUGGAGGAAGUGUCACCUAUGGCUAUCACGGAGGAAACGGUGGAUACGGUGGAUAUGGUGGACACGGGGCAUACUACCCGUACGGAGGCAGUGGCACUUACGGCUAUGAAGGAGGAAUUGGUGCCUCUAACGAAGGGGGUAUCAUCUCCUCUGACAGCAGUUCAGCAGGUGCUCAACCAAGUACCCUCAGUGGCCCUGCUUCCGGAGCAGUUGGAACACCUGGUAGCGCACCCAGAGACCAAUCAGAUGUAAUCUACGCCGGGGUUGGCUUCUGCAUUUAUAAAACAGCUUAUCCUGAAUUGUACGGAUCGUACUUGGCUGGCGCUUACGGAGCUGCCUCGUAUGGUAGUUAUGCUCGUUACGGAGCGCCAUAUGGUGGUGGAUACUACGCCUCACACCUGUAUGGUCUUUACGGUCCAUACGGGGCGUACAAUACACACGGUGGACACGGUGGAUACGGUAGAUAUGGUGGAUACAGGGCAUACAACCCGUAUGGAGGAAGUGGCAUCUAUGGCUAUCACGAAGAAAAUGGCGCCUCUGACGAAUGGGGGGCCCUUUCGCAUGUGUCAAGUUCAGAAGUAGUUGUACCGAGGGCCCUCAGUGGCUCGGCUGCCGAAGCAUCUGGAGCACCUGGCAGCACACCCAGGUGA